CGUUCGAUUCAGAGUUCGCUAAUGCAUCGAGACAUUUUUUAUGGUGUCAGUAUUUCAGAACAGUAGAUAGAAAAAUACAUUGUAUGCACAGUUUGUACUAUAUCUAAGGUCUGUCAAAUACCUAGCACAGAUUUUAUCUAUGCCAUGAAUGAACUCAAAUUAGAUGAAAUAUAAUUUUCAACUUCACCGUUUUGUUAAUAUUAACAUCGUUUCUCUCGAAAUCUCAUAAGAAAAUGGUUUAUCCUCGACUACAAGUCAGCUGAAUAUGUAUGCACAUGUCAGUUAUUUAUGCCACGUACCAUAAAGUGCUACGAAGUGAGCUAUGAGUUCCUAAGGUUCUCAAUCAAUCGGUUAAAUCAGUCAAGCUAUUCUUAAAGCUCAGAACCCCUGGUGUGUCGUAAACAACGAAGAUGGCUUAUGGUCGACAUUCUGUUUCUGUUGGUUUCAUUGAUGUGACGAAUAAAUACUUACCUGUUUGAACGAAAUGUUUGACUUUGUUCAAUGAAGAAGUAAACUGUAUUUAAAACUAUGGCUCAAGCGAAACUUAACUCGCAAGACAUAGCAGAUAACACGCUCAAGGAUAAAGAAAAAGAAAAUGACGAAAAGGAAGGUACAUGUUCAACAGUUAUACCAGAAUGUGCAGUCUGCCUUCAACCAUGCAUUUAUCCAGCAAGAUUACCUUGUAAUCAUGUGUAUUGUUAUCUAUGUGUCAAAGGUGUUGCAAAUCAAAGCAAAAGAUGCCCUAUGUGUCGUCAAGAAAUUCCUCCUGAUUUCCUUGACAGACCACAAUUAGUAGAAAUAGAGGAAGCGCAUAAGGAAUUAGAUCAUACCGAAGAAGAAUAUCAGUGGUUUUAUGAAGGCAGGAACGGUUGGUGGCAAUAUGAUCAACGUACAAGCCAUGAAUUAGAAACUGCGUAUAAACAAGGCAAACGGAAUUGUGAACUAUUAAUUGCAGGAUUUCUUUAUAUCGCUGAUUUUGGGUCCAUGCUUCAGUUGCGUAGGAAUGAUCCUUCUAGGCGAAGAAAAAUUAAACGUGAUUUGUAUAAUGUUCCGAAAAAGGGAGUUGCAGGUUUAAGAUUAAAUAAUCAGGAUGAAGAAAUUAUUAGAGAAAUAAGAGGUGCAGAGAGACCUGCAAGUCCUGCAAGUGAUAAUAUGGGUACUGGGGAUGGUACAAAUACUCCCAUACCACCUAGUAAUACACCGCAAACACCAGCAGGUGGUACUGCAAGUGGUGAUGCUACACCUUUAAACGAUAGAAUGGAGCAGAGGUCAGAAUCUUUACAUCGGGUAUUAGAACAAAUGCGUUCCUUAGUUCUAGGAGAACAUUUAUCUUCAAGUACAGAUAACGAAUUAGAAGAAGCUGAAGAAAGUGAAUCACUUUCUACUCAUCCUACAUUAUAAUAACUGUGAACAUCUAACAAUUCCUAUUCAUCAAAUGUAAAUUACUUUUACAUGAAUUAAUUUUAGCAAAAUGAAUGUGCAUCUCAUUAUAUGAAAAAUAUAAUAUAAAAAAUUCGUGUGUUUGUUUAAUAAUAUAGAAUGUUCAUAUGUGAUGUAUUAAUAUACAAAUCUGUGCAUUAAUUAUUCUGUGAUGCUUAUUAAAAACAAAACAAUGAAGUACAAUUAAAUGUUUACUAAAUAAUUGUUUUAAGCAUAUUGCUUGAUAUUUACGAAUAUGCAGUUAGUAUAUUUGUAAUUUUAUAUUUUCAGUGUCUUUAAAGAAUAUUCAUUAAAUGAUAAUAUCAUUCCAUUCUUCUACACCUUAGCAAU